AGCGCAUGCACAUAGACGUAUCGAUGCCGAAAAACCACCUACUUCUACUGUGCAACACCGUUGGAGAAACGCACCGACGUAAUUGUGGAUGUUCUUUAAAUAACACACAUACAAAUUUAUUUGUUACAGUUUUUAGUUAGUUGCGCAUUUAUUUUCGCGAAAUCAUUGCACGCUCCCCGGAGAAGAUUCGCCUUGUCGGAGAAAUGGCUGAUGCAGGUGAUGCUACCAUCUCUGUAAUUACUUUACUUGCAGCAUCACUAUUAGUAUCAGUAUCAGUAUCAGCAGAUCCGAUGGUGGGAUGCUACGAUUCAAUCGUUAGCUUCGGCGAUUCCCUGGCCGACACAGGGAAUAUUCUUUUCCCGAGCGUGCACAACACCGUGCCCCCGUCGGCUAGCCCGCCCUUCGGCCGGACCUUCUUCAAACACCCCACCGGAAGAUACUCCGACGGCCGCCUCGUUAUUGAUUUCAUCGCGCAGAGAUUGGGGCUGCCUCUAUUGAAGCCAUACUUUCCCCGGCGAGGAAAUGACAAGGAGGAGGAUCGCCGGGGUUUCGAAACAGGAGUGAAUUUCGCGGUGGCCGGAGCUACGGCGCUUGAGUGUGAGUUUUACGAGACGAUUGGAUAUCACAAUCCGAUCACCAACUCCUCCCUGGGAAAUCAGCUGGACUGGUUCCGAACCUUCUUGGCCGGAUUUCCAGACAGCAGAGAGUAUCUGGAAAGGUCUCUGGUUGUGGUGGGAGAGAUUGGAGGCAACGAUUACAAUUACCCCCUCCAGCAAGGGACAACUCUCUAUCAGCUUCAACCAUUAGUCCCUCGAGUUGUUACCUACAUCGGAUCUACAAUUCAGGAGCUGAUCAGGCUUGGAGCUGUUACUCUGCUUGUCCCCGGGAAUCUUCCACUGGGUUGUUUGCCUAUAUACUUAACACUCUACAAGUCGAGCCCCGGCAAGUAUGAUCCGAGGACCGGGUGUCUCAAUUGGCUAAAUGCCUUCUCCAGCUACCACAACAAGCUUCUCUUCAAGGAACUGGAGAGGAUCAGGAAGCUUCAUCCUCAAGUUAACAUAAUCUACGCCGAUUAUUACAGCGCCGCAAUGCGCAUGUAUCUCUCCCCAAACCAAUGCGGAUUCGGCAGCCGAAUUCUGAGAGCAUGUUGCGGGGGAGGGGGGCCAUAUAAUUACAAUGUCACGGCAGGAUGCGGCGUAGAAACCGUGCAGUGCUGCGACAAUCCUGGUUCGUAUGCGAGCUGGGACGGCGUCCACUUUACGGAGGCCGGGAACAGAGUGAUAGCCCAAGGCAUUCUUGAAGGUCCCUACACUUAUCCUCGUAGUUUCUCAACCAUUUGUCCUAAAUCGACAACCCCUGGGGGCCGUUACGAGUACUAAUGCUUUGGUGCAAACUUGUUCGUACAUAUACAUGUUUGUAUCUAUCUGUUAUAUAUAUAUAUAUAUAUGUUUGGGGUGAUCAUUAGUUAAUUUGCUUUUGGCAUUGUUUUAUUGCCAAACAUUGAUUCAUUCUCAUUAUCAUUAUUGUUGUUUGCGGUGGUAAUGAAACAUGGCAAUUAGUUGCACUUGGCAACAAGUAACACAAUAUAAAGAGUGCUUUAAUUUAUUA